AUGGCAACAGGCGCUAUAGAUCGGGCGAACCCCCUUGACCAGCCUGCCUCGAGGAAAGCUCUUGUUUCGGCAGAAUAUCAGAAGCAAACAGUCCCUGGUACCACUAUUGCAAAGGCAUUCUACGACGGAGAGGAUCUAAGCGGCUUGGAUCCAGACCUCAUCACGCUGGAUUCCGAUGCAGGCGAAAACCCUCAAAAAUGGACAGUGAAACGCAAGUGGGCAACUACUGCCUUCACAGCAAUAUUCUGCUUUAUCCCUCCCUUUGCCAGUACCAUCUUUGCCCCGGCACUCCUGCUCGUCAUGGAUGACCUUGACAUUUCCGAUGCCACCGUUGGAGCCCUCCAGGUUUCCAUAUUCUUGUUUUCCUUUGCCAUUGGGCCUCUCUUUCUUGCGCCGUUGGGAGAGCUUUACGGACGGACUAUUAUUGUUCAUAUUGGAAAUUUCAUCUUCGUUGGAUUUUCGAUUGGCAGUGGUUUUUCACAGACGGUAGCUCAACUAUCAGUGUGCCGUCUACUAGCCGGACUCGGUGGUUCUGCAGGCAUGAGCAUUUUCGGCGGAAUCCUGGCUGAUAUCUGGGACAUCAAAGGACGGGUGAAAGCCUCCGGUCUUAUUACUACUGGAAUAAUCAUCGGCCCUGUUCUCGGUCCUGUCUGUGGCGGCUGGAUGUCUGAGCGAGCUUCAUGGCGCUGGACUUGUUGGAUUCCGGCUAUGGCUGCAGCCGCUGCAGGAGCCGUAGCUUUGCUAUGGAUGCAUGAAUCCCACGCACCUACCGUCCUACAGCGAAAGGUCCGCAAGGCGCGUGUAGCUGAACCUGGCAGGAAUUUCUAUACAGUCUUUGACCUGGAUCUCGGUCACGAUCAGAGCAAAAGGCCUAGGGCUGGCCAAGUGCUAUCCAAAGCUAUUCGGCCUGUUCUGUAUCUCGUCCUUGACCCCGUUCUUUGUCUCCUAUCGAUAUAUUAUGCUUUUGUCUUUGGAGAGCUAUACCUCCUAGUCACAACGUUCUCAGAAAUCUUCUCCCUCGGCUACGGACACAGCGCUGGCAUCGUCGGUGUCGACCUCCUGGCCCAGGGAAUCGGGAACAUUAUCGGCCUAUUUGCAACAAUGAAACUACUAGAUUAUGUUUAUCAGCGUCAGAUGCGGUCUGAGAAGGGAUAUAAUCCGGAGUCUAGAUUGGUAUCUGCGUUUCCAGGAGCACUGGUCCUGGCUGCAGGACUGUUUAUCUAUGGCUUCACUGCGCUCCGUGUACACUUCAUCGUGCCACUGCUCGGGUUGUUGAUCUUCUCACUUGGUGCAAUGAAUAUAUUUCUUGCCAUCCAACUCUAUAUCGUCGACUGCUUCGAGUACGCCGCGUCCGCCAUUGCUGCUGUUGGUUUCCUACGCUUCAUGUUUGCCGGUGCAUUCCCUCUCUUUGGCUCGAGACUCUUUGAUGCACUGGGUGUUGACUGGGGAGUUGGGCUCCUCGCCUUUCUCUCUUUGGGACUUGGGGUGCCGUUCUUGCCUCUUAUCUACAUAUUCGGCCAGCGGCUGAGGCGGGUUGGGAAGGGGAAUCUUGGAAAGGCUGGUGUUUUUUAG